CAGCUGUUUUAUUUUCACUUGCUGUCAGACCUCAGGAUUAUUGUUCCCAUGAGGAUUUUCGUAUUUGUACGAGGUGAUAAGUUAUUGUAAGAUGUUCGAGGAUCGUCAAUCUGGUUCCUCGUAAAAAGUUUUUGAUAUCGUAUGCUAAGUUAUCACCAUCACAAUAAAAUCUCGGUCGACCGCUGCGCAGUGUGGGGAUCUCUUGGACCAAGUGUCUCUCUCCUGUACAUAAACAUUUUACCCUUCAUCAGUGAAUUUGAUGCACAGAUUUUCCGACUACAUGACACAAGUUUUCCGAACUACAUUUACUGUCCAACAAAAAGCCAGUGCACCAAUAUACAUUAAGAAUAUUCUAUUCGAAAUGGCAGUUCAUCUACCAUGCAGUGCACUGUAUUUUGUUGUGAGACUCAUAUUCAAAUGAAACAUUUUCUCUUCACGAGCCGAAUUCAACAUUAAAGGUAAAAAAACAAAUUAAUUGUACAAGACCACCAUUGAACCAUUAUCGACUUAAAGUAUAAGACUUCAAGGAUAGGUCCCAAAAGUAACGCGUAUUUAAACGCCUUGUCGGCAACCUAUUAUAUUGAAGUAUCCGGUGGUCUUUUUGAACUCUGGCAUUGAUCUCCAAUCAUUUCUUCUGGCCGGGGAAAAAAUUUGUAACAGUAAAAACAAGGAAGAGGUGAAAAAAAAAAAAGAUUUGACUACAAAGAGCAACAGAACCAAAUUUGUUUGAUAAAUGAACACGACAAUGAACAGUUGUUAGCGGAGCAUAUCUAAAUAAAACUUUGGAUGAUUUAUUUAAAAAGUUGUUUAAAGGAAUACAUCUAUGUUUCUGUAAACGUUUUAAUGAAAUAAAUAAAAUCAUUCAUAAUCGGCGAAACACUUAUUACCACGACCAAUGUUAAAUGAGAUAGGUUUAAUGAGAUACGUAAAUUAAGCUCUCUCAAAAAAUUAAAAUUUGGUAACAGAUGUAGUUGUAAAUAACCUGCUGUAAAUGUGAAAACAAAAAAGUAUAUAAACACAGCUAUUGUUCAAGAUAUCUUAUAAAAGAUUCAUUCUUGUAUGUGAAAAUGACAUCAAACAUAAAGCAUUACCAAAGCUACUAUGAAGUACCAUUCUACUCUGAUGAGGAAUCUGUUAUUUCAUCUUUGCAGACUGAAGAAGAAACAGAAUCGAUGGAAGAUGAUGUUUGGGAUGAUACCUUGUUGAUAAAGGCAUAUGACAGGGCAGUUAUGCUAACAAAAGAAAGGAUAGCAUCUCGAAAUGCUGCGGAAAAAGAAGAUGGAACAAGCUGUCCAAAAUCAGUUUCAAACUUGAAUCCGAAUUCCAAUGAACAGGAAGAACAAUGCCCUAAGAAAAAUGUUUCCAAAAAGGAUAAAAUAAAGUGGAAAGUAGGUGCUUGUUGUCGGACCUUCUUUUCUGAGGAUGGAUUGGAAUAUGAAGCAGUUAUAAAAAAUAUUGAUUUUGAUAAUGGAAUUUGCACAGUGAAGUAUUUAGGCUAUAAUAAUGAAGAAGAUGUUGAUAUUAAAAGCUUAAAGCCUUCAAAAGGAAAAGAAUCACAAAUGAAUCAAAAAGCACAGGCUAGGCUGAUGAGUGGUGCUGGUAGUGCUAGUGCUGCUCAAUAUCAAAAUGGUUAUCGUGAAGAUUACUCUUCUUCUCAACAGAAUCUCGGAAUGAUACCUCCACCACCGCCUCCUUUUGUUUUGGCGAAUUUACCAAAAGAUGAGACUGAUGCUUUAUCUGCAAUGCUUAUGGCAUGGUACAUGAGCGGUUUCCAUACAGGUUAUUAUCAAGGUCUUACAAAGUCAAGAAUGAGCUCGCAGUCGUUUGGUAGCCACAAUACUCACUAAAGUUCGAAAGACUGUUUUUUCAUAUGUAUAUUUUUCAAUAAAAGUUACUUUGUUGUUGGUGUAAUUUCAUGAAAUAAAUAAUUUUCUUAAUUU